AUGGCGGUGCGACUUGAGGUUGCGGUGGAGUGGCUUGAGGCUGUGGGACUUGAGGUUGUGAUCGGACUUGAUGUGGUGUUGGGACCUGACGUCGUGUUUGGGCUUGAUGUCGAGGUGGGCCUUGUCGUUGUGGUUAGACUUUUGGUGGUAGUAGGGCUUGAGGUUGUGGUGGGGCUUAUCGUUGAGGCUACAAAUGACAUCACCAUUAUUGGCUUCUGCACAACAGAGAUCAAUUGUCAACGUGGAAGUGAAAUCACUGUAGGGAGCGUCCAGGAGGGAUAUGAGGGAGACAUAGAGAUUAUCAGCAAUAUCCAACCUGAUGAUCGUGUAGUUCUGGAGUUUCAUUAUUUUCCCAUUGGUGUGACAUUCCUGACACUGGUUUACUCUGAUGGAGACACUAAUGCUAUUGUACGCACCAACAAACCAUUGGAUGCUGAAGUGCUCUCAGAGACGCAGGCAGUGGGCUCAUAUGUGCUUUACGUGCAAGCUGCAGAUGCAGACGUCUCUCCAAGUAACAACAUACUUUCUUAUUCUAUAGUGCCUUCAGCGCCAGAUGAGUUUGAGUUGGGAAAUGACGGAAACAUUAAAUUAAAAAAACAUUUGGACUUCAACGUCGCUGAAAGCCACAUCUUUACUGUGGAAGCCAAAGAUCCAGAUGGACUCAAUGACACUGCCACAGUUACAAUAACAGUUAUGGAUUACGACAACCUAAACCCAUAUUUCCAUCACAGCCUUUAUAAAGCAUCCAUAGAGGAAAAUCAGGUUGGGAUCUUCUCAGUGGUCACUCCUGAGGCCAUUAAAGCACAAGAUGGAGACAAAGGCAUCAACGAGCCGGUAGUUUACAGCAUAACAUCAGUCCAUCCAAAUAAAUAUCAGCCCCACUUCGCAAUCGACCAAAUCACUGGGGUCAUCUCUGUGACAACAGCACUGGACAGAGAGGAAAUAGAUCAGAUAACCGUCUACCUACAGGCAACUCAGCAGGACGAUACCAGUAAGACUGCUAACACUGUGCUAUAUGUCACUAUAGUGGAUGUGGAUGAUAACCCACCAAAAUUUGAGCAGGACCAGUACACGGCCACUAUUCCAGAAAAUUCUCCACUCGACCAAGUUGUGUUUCAGACUAGAGUCACCGAUCUAGACAUGGGAGGGUUUGUAGGAACAUUCCGGAUUAUUCCGGACUCCGUCCCUUUUUCAAUCGGUCCUGAUGGAAUUGUUCGGGUGAAGAAUUCUGUGGAGCUGGACAGAGAGAACACACCCAACUUUAGUUUUCAAGUUGAAGCACAAGACGAUCCUCCGUCCAGCAACACAGCGACAGCCGAAGUGAAUGUUAUUCUCAUGGAUGAGAAUGACAACAGUCCACGGUUUACAUCGGCCAAGUACGAGGGCAAAGUUUAUAGCAAUCAGACCACAGGAAUGCCGGUUGUCAAGGUGGAGGCAGCAGACCUGGAUGAAGGUCCAAAUGGGGAAAUCAGUUAUGCCAUUGAGUUUGGAAAUGAAGAAGGUUAUUUUAGCAUCGAUGGGAACACUGGGGAGAUUACACUGCUUAAUACAAUUCCUCUGAUGGAAAACAAAAUCCUUCAGUUUGCGCUGUAUGUGACUGCAAAAGAUGGUGGUGUAAUAACCAGAUCGACUUCUGCUCUGGUGGAUAUCAAGGCACCUGGAGAUUCCCGUCCACAGUUCCUUAAGAAGACGUACCAGGGUCAGGUAGAGGAAGAGCAGUCAGGAGCAGAUAUUGUGAAGAUAGACUUCCUAUCCAUCGACCCGAUCGUUCCUGUGACGUUAACGGUUGAAAGCGAAGCCGAAAAGUUCUCCAUAGACCAGAAUACAGGUGUUCUGUCAACCAAAGUCAAACUCGACUAUGAGCUGAAGAGCAGCUACACUGUUCAGAUGUCCAUAACGGAUGGAACCAACCGGGACGAGGCAUCUGUUCAGGUCGAUGUCCUGGACAUCAACGACAACAGUCCAGCGUUUGUACUUAACCCUGCAGGGGCUACAAUACCAGAAGAUCUCACGGUGGGAGACAACGUAACAUCCGUCCAGGCCAGGGAUGCAGAUUCGGAUCUGAAUGGUGAAGUGUGGUACACUCUUCUAGGAGGAGCCGGGAGGUUUAUUAUCGAUGAGGAAACAGGAGUGAUAACUGUGGGGGCUCCUCUCGACCGAGAGGACAAGGAUGAGUACAACUUGGAGAUCACCGCCCGAGAUCAAGGUCGCCCAUCACGUUUCACCACCAUCACAUUGGACAUCUCGAUAACCGACAUCAACGACAAUGCUCCCAUAUUUUCCAAGCAACAAUACGAGGUCACGGUGUCAGAGCAUGCGAUGGUAGGAACAGAUGUGCUCAACGUAACAGCGGUUGACAAAGACAAGGGUUCGAACGCAGUGGUGACCUAUCACAUCGUCAGACAAGAGCCGCCUUCCACACCACCCAUCUUUAGCAUAGACGCUGUGACCGGUUCCGUACAUCUUGCUGAAAAGCUGGAUUAUAGCAGAGUGAAGAGGUUUACUCUUCAGGUGGAGGGACGAGAUGGAGGAAGUCCAGUUCUCAUAGGAAGUGCCGUUGUCAUCGUGUGGGUGGAAGACGUGAACGAUAAGGGGCCUGAGUUUAGUAUGGAGCAGUACAAUGUGGCCGUCUAUGAAAAUCUGCCAAGCGGAGGCGCUCUGGUGUCCCUGGAGGUUACAGAUCAGGAUGAGGGUGGGUUUUCGAAAGGGUACUUUAUCCUGGAUAGUGAUACCUUUGCUAUCAACGCUCAAGGCGUAAUACUGCUCAGGACUAAUGCCACCCUGGAUAGAGAAACUAAGGACAAUUACAUACUACAGACAGUAGCAGUAGACCAGCCUGUGGACGGUCAGAGCGCCACAGCUCAGGUCAACAUCACUGUUCUCGACGUCAAUGACAACAACCCAGAAUUCUUGGCUCUCCCAGAGCUCACUGAGAUCCGGGAGGGUGCUUACACGUCCUCUUCACCCGGAGUGGUGUGCAUGAUCUCAGCAGCAGACUCGGACAUUGGAGACAACGGGCGGGUCACCAUAUCCACUUCCUCUCACAGCGACCUGUUUCAAUUUAAAGAGGAUGGGACUCUGCUGGCUGUCAGCGAACUUGAUCGGGAGAAAGAGGAUGUGUACGAUUUGGUCAUCGUUGCUAUGGAUCAUGGGAUUCCUCAGAGAAAUAACAUCACCACGCUGAGGGUCAGUAUCACAGAUAUCAAUGACAACGCUCCUGUCUUCAGCUCUAAAAUCUACAGCAAAAGUAUUCUAGUUAAAGACACCAAAAUUGGAGACCUGCUAUUGACGCUCUACGCAACAGAUAGAGAUGCUGGAAAUAACUCGCUCCUGACAUACAGUUUCUCUGAAGACACCUCUGUGGUCUCUCUGGAUGCCGAGACGGGAGACGUCACUUUGACGUCCGACCUCAGUGACCUCACAGAAGACACACUGCUCAACCUUACGGCUAAAGUGACGGACCACGGAACGCCAUCGAAAUCUGCCACAGCUGACGUUUUGAUCGACAUCAGAAUGGUGUCACUCACGGAGGGCAUGGCCUUUGCGAGCUCCUACAACUUCUCAAUUAAAGAGAAUGAACCUGUGGCCACAAAAGUGGGCACAGUCAAAGCAUCCACAGGAAGUUCACAGGAUACAGUUAGCUACAGCAUCAGGUCGCACGUGGAUGUCUUCUCUGUGGAUGCCGAUGGAACCAUCAAAGCUCUCCAAGAGCUGGACAAAGAGAAAGAGGAGUGGUACAUUCUCACUGUGGAAGCUACAGACUCCAGAACUCCUCCAAAUACAGCGGAGACCAUGGUCCGUGUUCAGGUUGAGAAUGUGAACGAAUCUCCUGAGUUUACCGCUGAGAAAUACGAAGCAGAAAUAUUCAGCAUCUCCCCGUACAAAUUUCCCAUAGUGAAAGUCCAGGCGUCUGACCCUGAUGUAGGAGAAAGUUCAGAGCUGCAGUACACCCUGUUGAAGCCCACCACACUUCUGGAUGUGGACCAUCUCACUGGUCAACUGUAUGUGCUGGAUGCAUCUAGUUUUGGAGGCUCUCAGGUCACCUGUGAAGUUAAAGCCACAGAUAAACACGGACAGUCCACGACGACAACUGUACAGGUCAACAUUAAAGAGACGGCAACUAUCAGCGUCGUGGUGAUCUCUCUUAACCAACCCGUCUUUACUGUGGAGAAAAAACUUCUAGAGAUUCAAGAAUCUCUGCAGAAAGCGCUAGGCUGGACUGUGAAGAUCCUCAGUGUAGCAGCUGAGAGUCAAAAUCAGAUCCUCAGAGAAUCGACCACCAAAACAUUCAUCAGCUUUAUCGCCGUGGACAGCAGUGGCGCCGUCAUUCCUGCCAAGGAGGUCAAAGAGAUGUUACUCAAGGAACAGGCCGCUGUUACAGCAGAACUGGAGAAGGUGUUUGGUUCUAGCCUUGACAUCGAGCUGGAGGAAGGUUCCGGAAACUCUGGAGAUUCGGGUGAAGCAGCCGUCAUUGCCCUCGGUGUUACCCUGGCGGUCUUUGUAGUGGCUUUUGUAGUGCUGAUGACCGUCUAUGUGGUUAAGUUUAGAAAAACAAACAAGGAUACAGAUUCAGACAAAGAGAGCUUCAAUAUAGAGAAACACAGCCCAUUCAAACACAGAUCCAGCAUAACCAAAAACUGUUACCACGACGAAAACCCAGAAGUUGUCAAAACAAAAGAGGAGCAGAAUAGUCACCAGUCGGAUUCUGAGAAAGAGAAUGACGAUGAUGACAGAAAUGAAAACAGCGUCUCCUCCUUCUAAAAAGAUCAGCUUGUUAACAUCUGUCAAUAACACAAUAGACAUCAUGAUCUUGUGUGUCUUAAACAUGAAUCACAUCUUUGUUUCUACAUUUUUCCAACCUGUGUGUAAUUCAACUACCUUUGUUUUGCUACCUGAAAAGCAUUUUGUAAUCAACUGAAAUAUUUUGCACUUUAACUGGAUCAACUGUUCUUGUG